AUGAAUAUGAGCACUUUUCUUAACCGACCAGAUACGGAUGAUACUUUGCAAAAUAUUAGAAAAGAGUACUUGAAUACAAAGCGAAAUCUUCAUGAGUUACUUACUAAUAGCCCUACUAGGAUUUCUCAAGGCACCAGGAUGAGUGCGGAGGCAAUUGGGAAGGGCCCAACUACUCAAUUUGGGCUUCAGCAACAGCAACCAAUGCCAAUGCCAAAGCCAUCACCACACCACGCGAUAUCUGAUCAAGAUGAAAAACUACGACAUCAAUUACGCGAUUAUAUUAGCAAUAAGGAUCGGCAUAUGGCCCCCGUUGCAGGAUCAGGCAACAAGCCUAUUAGGGGUAGUGCUUCUAAUAAUGACGGUGGACUUCAACGGCAACUAGAUAGCCAAAAUUUCAUACUCAACUCUUUAAAACGGGAAUUGGACAUGCAGCGCACAAUAAAUAGUAUGCUAUUUGAGAGGCUAGAACGCCUUGAGGAAGAAGUGCGAUAUAUAAGACAUACUGGGAUAAGACAGCAAACUAAUGUCGCCAGCGGGAGGUCAGUCAGUAGUGCACCAAGCUCAUCGCAUACAAACGGUAAUGGUGGUACAAGCUAUGCAUCCGGAGAUGACACAAAAAUGCUAUUACACUGGGAUCAAAUGCCUCAGGCUGGUGCUAACAAAACAAUUAAGCACCGAAGGUCACUGUCGAAUCUGGACGAUAGUACCGCGCGCCUAAUUCAAAUGUCAGGUCAAUUUCGGCCAAGACAAUAG